GCUGCCCUGAUCCUGCCCACAAACACACAGCGACUUAUACAUCCUCUCCCAACUACACACACACGCGCACCUCAGCGUUAACUCAACUCUUUAACACUCGCAACAUCUGGAGGAAGGAGGACUGGAGGAGAAGACCGUCGCUGCCCGCAGCUGCACGUUUUUUCUUCACCCCCUCUUCUUCUUCUUCCUCUUUUUUUCCUCCUUUUCUCUCUUUCCUGCCGCGACAACCGGGAGAAAGUGUCUGCCGUACCUUGAAAUUAGAAGUUGAAAGAGAGGGAGAGUGUGUGUGAGGGAGAGAGAGAGAGAGAGAGAGAGAGAGAGAGGGAGGGAGAGAGACGGAGUUGCUUUGACGGCGAAAUAAAUCUCGCUUUGAGUACUUCAUCACGGACCACUGACAGGGAGGUGAAUGGACCUUCACCGCCCCUUCAAGAUGGACAGCCCCUCCUACCUGCCAGCUCCACUGGCCUCCCCUGCCCUGAUGGUCCUCGCCUCCACCGCUGAGGCAGGCCGUGACGCCUCCGUCCCCUGCCAGGCGCCCAGGCCCUUUGGCGUCCCAGCGUCCGUGGAGAAGGACCUCCACCUCCCCUUCCCUUCGGCCUCCUACACAUUCACCUCCAUGUACCAGCGCCAGGGCCCCAUGUCAGGCACCUUCCCCUCCCGAGACUUCCCAGCAUCCCUGCUCCACCUGCACCCCCAGUUCACCCCACCGAACCUGGACUGCUCCACCCUGGGUAUGCUCAACCACAGCGGGGUGGGCGCCUUCCGGCCCUUCUCCUCCCCACAGGAGGAGAGGGAGCCCGGGGUUUACCAGUCGGCUUUCACCCCCGCCAAGAGGCUGAAAAGCUGCUUCCCAGAGGUGGAGGGGAAGGAGUUUGACUUCGGCUCCCCGGGAGGCUCCCUCAAAGCUGGGGAGGACUCGGGAAGGAAGCUGUUCUCCAUGUCUGGCCUGCUGUCUGACGGAGAGGCUUCAUCGAGCCCAGAGGAGCGCAAGGAGCACAGUAAGGUGAAAGGUCUCUACGAUGCUCAGGCCCCAAUGUGUCCAGUCUGCCAAUCUAUUCUGCGACCAGGAGAGCUGCAGGAACACAUGGAGCAGGAGUUAGCCAAACUGGCCCAGCUACAAAUCAGUGCCACUCCGGCUCAGCACAGCCACCUCAUGAGGACCCCAAAGUCUCUCUCUCUUUCUCUGCAUAUAAAGCGUGAAGGAGGUUCUCCCACCUCGCCCCCUCGGCCGGCGGAGGACGCCCACUCUGACCGAUACCAGACGUUUCUCCGUGUGCGGGCCAACAGACACACAAGACUAAAUGUCGAUGACCUCUGCUGGUGCAGGUGCUACGUCAAAUCUGCCCCAUUACGCCCCCACAGCGCAGGAGCCCACCUAGACUGCACACAAGCUGUCAGGAUUGGAAAGCUGAAGAGGAGGAAACCAGAGGAGGGACAGGAGGGUUCAGCGGACUUGGCACCAUUGGAGGACGAGUGGAAUGAGAGGAGAAGGAUACAGAUGACAUCUAUAGUUGGAGGGUUUAAAGGAGCAAUGCUGGUGAGCACAACUUCUAAGGAGUGUCGAGACAGCGACGCAGACCUGGACGUGGAUGGAGACGAUACUCUGGAGUACGGCAGAGCGCAAUACACGGAGACAGACGUGAUCCCCUGCUCAGGAGAAAACUCCAAGGAGACGAUAGUGAACAGCAGCAGCAGCACGUUGCCUGACUCCAGAGUAAACCUAGAAUAUUCCAAAUGGUUAAAUGAUGGGAGUCCAUCUACCAGCAGUGGAGAGAAAGUGGAUGGCAGCACAGUCGCUCUGCCCAAAACCUGCAAAAAUACUGAGAUAGAGACGCUCUCAGAGGACUCCACGCUGACUACUCUGGAUGCACUUAAAGCUCGGAUACGGGAUUUGGAGAAACAGUUGUCUAAAGGAGACAGAUUUAAAUGCCUCAUCUGCAUGGACACAUACACGACUCCGCUCACCUCCAUCCAGUGCUGGCAUGUUCACUGUGAGGAGUGUUGGCUUCGGACACUGGGAGCAAAGAAGUUGUGUCCUCAGUGCAACACCAUCACCUCACCUGGAGACCUGAGGCGGGUUUACCUGUGACAGGGCCGAGGCGCCUCUUCUGUUUUAGCCAAUCAGGGUUGGACUUGUGGGCAGCUGGCCUGUCAUAGACUCCCACCCUCCCCCUCCUCACACCCUCCUGGUUAUUUCUGUACAUCAGUGCACUCCUAAUUUCUAAGUUGAAGAAUGACAAGCAUAACCUUUGACCUUCCUUUACAGCCCUGUACAAAAUCCAUGUUCCUGCUGCAACAUCAACCAGAUCUUAAGAAACAUUUAAAACCAACCGAGAGCUCAGGCGCGGCAAAACACAUAAAAAAAUAAUGGGGCAAUAUUUAUCGAUUUUGUAACCCUUUUGUCUGUUUUAUGAGGAAAACAAAUAGUUGAAUCACAUGCAAAGCACAUGUACAUAGUUUUGUGUAUGUUUGGAUUGGUGUGUGUAUAUGAUGUUGACUCGCAGAACAACCUGACUGUAUUUACUGUACAGAGCUCGUCUUUGAUUAGAUCAUUUAUUAUUUGUUUAGCUCCUGUAGGUUCAUUAACAGUAAUCCCAUAACAUUCAGGCUCAUUUUGUCUUUGUCAUGGCUGUGUUUCUUUGUACAGGAUCAUUAAAUCUAAUUUUAUCAAUGUUACUACAAUAAAAAAAAAAAA